GCACGAACGGUGGCCAAGACAUGGGCGUUCCCGUCCACCUGGCCAAGAAGAACGGCAGGUGGAGGGUCGGCAGGGGAUGGAUGUGCACCUUGGGACAAAGCCCGAGGCCGGUUGGCGGGUGGAGGGUGCACCUUCCUUGGGACUCCCACGGGAAGGCUCUCAAGGCCGCGUCAUUGCAGCUCCGAAACGGCAGCGUGGUGAUGGCCACGGAGGACGACCACAUCCUGUGGAGCUCUUCGCCCUCGCCGUGAAGGGGGGUGUGGAGUGCGUCAGUGGUUGCUUCCUGAGUCAUCCGGAAAGUGUCCGUUCUUGUGACGGAACGCCGACAAAGGGAAGGAUGGAAGCACGGAUAGGGAACGGUUUAUUCGUGAAUGCAGAACAACAGCCCUUCUGUUGCUCCGUCGUGUACAUUUAGUUUGAUUUAGUGUCUGCUGGCGGGAGUGGUGAAUCAUGUCAUGUCAUGUCGGUUUCGUUUGUUGUCUUGAGAAUUCGUUCUUCGAAUGUAUCCUGCCCCGUCCUGGGCUCACGGUUUGGAGCUCGGCAAGCAUCUCCAUGUUUUCCGUUAUUUGUCGAAAGUGCUGGUGAUUGUCAAUUAUUAGUGCAGGGGGCUGAGGGUCCCGCCUCACGUUUGUGUGUUUCAUGAAUGUCGGGCUGUUUGAUCGUUCGAAUCGGUCGUUGCUUCGGGGGAGUACCAUUCAUUUGCGCUGAAUUUGCUACGCUGGAGGUUUGUCUGCCACGUCAUCUCACAACUACGAAGGGCGAUAUUUUCUUGAGCGGUACACCUAUAUUGGACUGCUGUAGUCUGAUUUGAUUUUCCGACACCCUAGUGUGGAUGAUGUUCGGCGACUGACACACCGCCACGUAUUUAGGCUAAAUCUAGACACCUGGACAGCGGGGAAACACGUGUUGUCAAGCUAUCUGACAUUUAUCUGGACGUGCCGUCAAUGUUGCACCUUCAGGACGUACGACCGAGUUAAUUCAUUGCUUUCCGAUUACUGCUCGUAGCCGUCGUUGUUGUCUUCCAUAGUCCGUGCUGACCUGAGUUCAGGACCUCUUCUCCCUGCAUCUAUUAAGACUAUGUACACUUUCACCAAGGAGGAAAACAUACGGAAGGAAUCAUGCAGUGUAAACCACCACCGCCUUGGCCAACCCUCACACAAGGACUGUUGGACGUUGAGAGUGUACGAUUAUCAAAUUGGGACAUGCAGCAUUCCACGAUAUCCUGGCUUCGGCUGGGCUUGAAUCAACCCGUUUGCUGUCCUCCGCUCUUUGCAUCAGUGGCUUUCUAGGUUCGAACGAGGGCAUUUGUGUAGCUGAGAUGUGUGUCCACGUGAAAGAAUAUGCAGAGAGAGUCGUAUUGGCAUUCGCCUUUAGCGCAUUGCGCAUUUUUCGAACUUUGGCCCCUUCCAGGGACCUUGAUUUUUUCCCGCUGGCUCUCACUUCUUUUCAUUGGUCAGCCGGUUUGCGC